AUGUCUCUUCCUUCAACGUUCCAGGGCGCCGAAGUGCCUGAGCCAAAAGCCCAGCUGUCCAUUGCCCAACGCAGCCUAUCUGAUUUGAAGCCCAAUGAAGUGGGUAUCAAGGUCACUGCUACGGCCAUCAACCCCGUCGAUUACAAGAUACGCGAUUAUGCCGUUUUCAUACAGAAAUACCCUGCAGUCCUCGGUUCCGAUGCAGCAGGUGUAGUAGCUGCUGUCGGUUCUGAAGUCAAAGACUUGAAAGUCGGCGAGCGUGUGUUCUUCCAGGGUAUCAUUGGAAACUACGAAUCAUCAACCUUCCAGCAGUAUUGCAAGAUGCCCGCUGAGCUAGUGUCAAAGACACCCGACAACAUCAGCGAUGACGAAGCCGCAGGCAUCAUGCUGGCAACCAUAGCUGUUACGACUGGCUUUUACGCCCAAACAGGGCACGGCAUGACACCACCAUGGCAGGAAGGAGGUCGAAAUGUUGGAAAGGGAAAGUCCAUAAUCAUCAUCGGCGGUGCAUCUUCUGUAGGACAAUAUGCCAUCCAAAUGGCUCGCCUAUCAGGCUUCGAGCGUAUCGUCACAAAUGCCAGUGCCAGCAACCACGAGUUUCUCAAAAAGAUUGGCGCCCACGUCGUUUUGGAUCGUUCUGAGUCCACUCCUGAUGCUGUUUUCGAAGCAGCGGGAGGACUCCCCUUCGACUUUAUCUUCGAUGCAAUUUCCGCCCCCGCUACACAGAAGCUUGCGGUACAGGUUCUCCAGAAGGCAAAGGUAUCUGGAGGUCAUGUAGUCACCGUCCAAUCCCCCGACGCUGAAGCCAAGACACUAGGUCAGAGUGAAGAGCCUCACAUUGAAGUCAAGGGUAUUAUGGGGUUGGGAAGUUCGCCAGACCUACGGCAUUUGAGUGAGCCUCUUGCCAAAUCUCUGGGCGGACCCAAUGGGUACAUUGCGCAGGGGUUGUUUACUCCGAACCGGCCGCAAUUGGUGCCUGGAGGGCUUGCCGGACUUGAGGAGGCCUUUUCUUUGAGCAAGAGCGGAGUAUCUGGUAAAAAGCUUGUCAUUCGCCCUCAUGAAACGAAGUGA